GGAAAAGCAGCCGCAGCGGAGGGGGAAGUUUCUCUGGUUACUCAGGUGACUUUUGUCGCUUCCUAACCCAGCACUUGAAUGUCAGAGUUUGGGUUAAACAAUUGCCUAACGAAACCAGUUUCCAGCUCAGAGUAGAAAGUCUCUGAUAAUACAUUGAUACUCCCUGAUAGGAGGAGGAUCGCCUACUGAAGGAGUCACCUCCAAGUAUAAAGUCAGCAGAGCCAGAUAUGCAGGUUUGUGUAUGAGAAUCGCUCACUGCGCUGCCCUCAGCAAGAAUUCCUCGCUGGCCACAGUCCACUUGGAAUUCAUACGGGUACAAUCUUAUCUUGGUGUGAUAACAAUAGAACGCAGUGCCCAUCAAUGAAUAUUUUCCAUAGUUGUACCCGGUCACACACUUCCUCACAUCACUUGGCCACAGACCUUCUUGGUGGAAGUACCAUGGACUGUACCUCUGUGGUUGUGGACAAAGAACCCCAUUCCUGAUAUUCUGGACAACAUAGAAUUUUACUUUGUUCUAAUAUUUAAAGUCAUCACUAACACUUCGAGGAUGACUCGCCAGGUGUCUCCUAAAGCAAUGGCAAGCAACAGUCAGUUAUGUAUUCGCCGCUGGACCACAAAACAUGUGGCCAAAUGGUUGAAAGAAGAAGGCUUUUGUGACUAUGUAGAUCUCCUGUGCAACAAACAUCGAUUGGAUGGCACGGCUUUGAUGGCCCUAACGGAGUAUGAUUUGCGCUCGCCUCCACUGGAAAUUAAAGUUCUUGGUGACAUCAAACAUCUUAUGCUUUCUAUCCGCAAACUCCAGAAGCAGCAUGUCGGUGUCCUAGAGGAGUUGGGGUUGAGUACGGAAGCAAGUCCUGGAACCCUCAGCCUCAGCGCACCAUCUAGUCCUGACUGGUUGUGUAAUGGAGAACUGACACGAGACUAUGAUGGGCAAGGAGUAGACUCUAGUGUAGAACCUCAUCAGUACUCCAAUGGAAAAAACAAGCACCCCCCAAAGAGACUUGAUCCCGAGUACUGGAAGACAGCAAUUAGCGGUGUAUAUGUUUUCAUCGUGUUUGGCUUCACCUCUUUCGUAAUGGUUAUUGUCCAUGAGCGAGUUCCAGAUAUGCAGACAUACCCUCCACUGCCCGAUAUCUUCUUGGACAGUGUCCCUCGAAUCCCUUGGGCUUUUGCAAUGACAGAAAUGUGUGGAGUGGUCCUUUGUUACAUCUGGCUGCUCGUAUUGCUUCUUCAUAAACACAGGUCCAUUCUGUUACGCCGCCUCUGCAGCCUAAUGGGGACUGUGUUUCUCUUGCGAUGCAUCACCAUGUUUGUUACAUCAUUGUCUGUGCCUGGGGAGCACCUGCAGUGUUCUGGAAAGCUCUAUGAUAAUAUGUGGGCAAAACUUCAACGUGCCUUUGCAAUUUGGAGCGGCUUCGGCAUGACACUAACUGGAGUACACACUUGUGGGGACUACAUGUUCAGUGGACAUACGGUGGUCCUCACCAUGCUGAACUUCUUUGUAACAGAAUAUACACCUCGAAGCUGGAACUUCCUACACACACUCUCCUGGGUCCUGAAUCUUUUCGGCAUCUUCUUCAUCUUGGCCGCACAUGAACAUUACUCUAUUGAUGUGUUCAUUGCAUUUUACAUAACUACAAGACUUUUCCUUUACUACCACACUUUAGCCAACACGCGUGCUUACCAACAGAGCAGGCGGGCACGCAUUUGGUUUCCUAUGUUCUCAUUCUUUGAAUGCAAUGUAAAAGGACCUGUUCCCAAUGAAUACUGCUGGCCCUUCUCUAGGCCAAUCUUUAUUAAGAAUAUUUUAGGCUAAAAACAUUUUCCCGUAAUAAUGAGACCGUUUAAUUUGAAUGUUUACAACUUAAACAAAGAUGUGAUAUGUCAUUAA